GUCGGUACUAUCAGUCGCGGUUGGUCCAGGUUGGUCGCGGUCAGUCGCGGUACAGCUAGGUACAACGAAGGAAAGUGUGACGACUGAGGUUGUAGGAAAAACUUCGAAGAUUUUUCAAUUGACACGAUCCUCAAAGGUAGUUGUAAAAACAUGUCAAAAAAGCCAGGUACCACACAAGCAAUGCAUAAAGUUAUAAUGGUUGGAAGUGGAGGUGUUGGGAAAUCUGCUCUUACAUUACAAUUUAUGUAUGAUGAGUUUGUAGAGGACUAUGAACCAACGAAAGCAGAUUCCUACAGAAAAAAAGUUGUAUUAGAUGGAGAAGAAGUACAAAUAGAUAUCCUAGAUACUGCAGGACAGGAAGAUUAUGCAGCAAUUCGAGAUAAUUAUUUUCGAAGCGGAGAGGGAUUUCUCUGUGUGUUUUCUAUAACGGAAGACGACAGUUUUCAGGCUACUCAAGAAUUUAGAGAACAGAUUCUUAGGGUAAAAAACGAUGAGAACAUUCCAUUUCUAUUAGUGGGAAAUAAAAGUGAUUUACAAGAGAAAAGAAAAGUCAGUUUAGCCGAAGCUCAAGCCAGGUCGCAACAGUGGGGUGUACCAUACGUAGAAACAAGUGCGAAAACAAAGGAAAAUGUCGAUAAGGUCUUUUUCGACUUGAUGCGUGAAAUAAGGUCGCGCAAGAUUGAGGACAAGUCCGCGAGUAACGGUCGUGGAAAGGACCGUGCGAAGAGGAAGAAAAAGAAGUGCAUUAUUCUAUAGGUAUUCUUUGACUUAAUGCGUGCAAUAGCUGCACGUAAAGCACAGGAAAAUCAAGGGGACGGGAACGAACGUAAGAAGAAAAGAAAUUGUUGCAUUUUGCUCUAACAAACAAAACAAUGCGUAUAGCUUCUAUAACAGAACGUUCAGCUCCUAAUUGCAAAACCUGAGUAAGAGAAAAAAAAUGUAUUUAUAUACGUAUAUACAUAUAUGUUAUAUAUACAUAAAAGUUUUCUAACACUUUACAGUGAAAUGACACUAUACAAAUUAUAAAUAUUUACGUUUAAAACACAUACAGUUUACAAAUUCUUCAAUAAUUAUUGAGUUGAGGAUUUCAAAAUUUGUACCAUUUUUCAUACAAUUGCUAAUUGAUUCAUUUAUAUUGCACCGAUACAUACAAUCAUAAUUCACAUCUAUUGCUAAUGAUUCACAUCAUACUUUUUACUGUAAUAUAAAAUCUAUGAAAAUUUGUAAUAGAGCACAAAAAUACCUUACUUAUUAACGAAAUUAUUUUUUAAUUUUUCAUUUAUUCUUAGAGUGCUGAAAUAUAUACAGUUGUUUAAAAUAAUAAUUUAUGAAAGUGAAGAUUUGAAUUCUUUGAAGAAAUAUAUAUAUAUACAUAUGUGUGUGUGUGUAUAUAUAUAUUAUAUAUAAACUAUAUUAUAUAUAUACACGCAUACAUUAUGCACAAUGUUCCAUAAUCGCUAAAGACAGUUACUCAGAUGAUUAAAAAUAUUUAUUAUGAAAAUAUUGUAACUGACUCUAUUUGCAAAUAAAAUUACUAUAUCUUCACUGAUGCAUUUUGUACGUUUAUUUAUUUGUAACCUUGAAUAAUUUCAGCACUCUUGCAUUAGCUUGGCAUCUGUGAACAAGGUUUUAUCAAUUAAGUUCUGUUCAAAGUAUUUAUUUCUUAAUGCGUACAGUCACAACACUGUAAAGUAAUGAAGACGUGUGGUAAUUAAUUUACAAUUUGCUUAUACUUUGUGGAAUUGCAAUUUAUUAUACGCAAGUAUAUAUAAACCUAAAAGUGUUUGAUACUUUUACUGUAAAAUGGCUUUGUACCCUGGACAUGCAAGUAAUCAUUUUUUAGCUGUUUGUGUCUGUCAUCUUAAACCACAUUAAAAAGUUCGUUUGACCAUAAUUUUGGAACAAAGACAAAAGUUUUAACAUUUCUGUCGUAUUUGCAGUAAUUUUUGAAAGUUUAGAUUUUACAAUUACAUGUAUAUAUUUACAAUUACAUGUGGUAGUAAUGAAAGUUUGAAUAUUUAACAAACCUUACAUAUUUGCAUCCAGGUCUAGCACUGCCAUUAUUUUAAUUUCUAUGACUAAAUUACUUACAUGUAAUUUUUGUUAGAUGCGAUUUGAAGAGCCUGUUUAGUUUGAUUUAUGUUAAUUUGACCUCACAUCAAAAGAGUAUUAAAUGUAUAUGCAUUUGAAAGUUUAACUCGCUAUGUGAAGAUGAAUGUGUUUCUGAAACGAACCAAGAAUAUAGUUGUAUACAAAAUAUUCCGUUUAUGAAUUAAUGGACUUCGAUAGACUGAAACCAUGAUCAAUCGACUUAUCUGAAAAGACUUGAACCUCUAUGAGGUGCAUUUAUUUAUGGAAAAAUACAAUAAGAAAAUCUUAUAAUUAUAUUUGCAGUUUUACGACUAUAUAUGUAUAUGUAUUAUUAAAUAUUCAAAUUUUACGGGAUGAUUAUGGUUUGGAAACAUAUUUGUUAAUACUAAGGUGGUUCAUAAGUUUUCUUCCUUUUCUUUUUUAGGAAAUUUAAACAUGAAUAUAACAACAAAUAGAAAUUGUUUAAUUAAAGAUUACUAUUAUAUUAAAAAUAUAAUUACUAUUCUUUUAAUGUUUGUCCUCAGUUGCUUUCAAGAUUUGUUCAUUUUCGGCUUUUCUUUCCAAAUUUUUUUGAAUAUAACACGUAAGUCAUUGAUUUAAAGUAAUGUGUAUCGAGACCAUAUAAAUAAAUAAAUAGUCCGUUAAGAAAACAUACAAAAGUAAUACUAACAAAAAUUGAAGAAACUUAUGCACCAUUAAACUAAUAGCGUUUUUUAGAAUAAGUGAUACUUUUUGUGCAUUUGAGUUUUCAUAUUUUUGUACUAUUGCUAUUAAUUGUGCCUUUUAAGUGUUCACUGUUAACGAAUUGAGAUUAGUAUUAUGAUAGAAUCCUUUAAAAAAGUUACCACUGUAUAUGAAUAAAACCAUAUUUCAUCCUAUAAACAUUUGUAUGGCAUUCAUUAUAUCAUAUUUGCAAUUAUAUGUAUAUUCGAGUUAUCGCUUUAUAAUAAAUUAUUAAAUCAUAUUUAUGUAAUCUUCACGUGCUAUCAUCUGUUAUCGACCACAUGUCUAUAGUAACUUUUUAAUAAAACGUAUUUUAUAUCAAUUAGAAAAGACUAUGUGUAUACAACUUUUAUAUUGUCUACGUGAAAGUGUCCGAAAUGUAUUACUAGUUUGUAAAUUAAUGAGAUUGUACGAAAUAGUUGUCAAAUAAUGUUCUAUCAGUUCAGUCAUUGCACAAAAUUUAAUAAAUGUAGACAAAUUAGUGCUUGCAAGCAGAAAAGAGAACUUAAUUUUUCCUUUUUCAAUUGUAUAGAAAUAACAUUUAUAUAGAUUGUAUAUGGAUUUUUUAUAUACAAAUGGAAAAAUACGACCAAUUAUUUAUGGAAAUAGGUAAAAUUUUCAUAUAGAUAUACAUUUUGAAUAAUGAAUAACAUUGUUUAUCUGCCAUAUAUUGAAUUAAAUUUAUCAUUUAAACGAUGGAAUAAAAUAUUGCACAGUAAACAAAGAAACUGUUAAU